UAGUUGUGUGUGUGGAAAAUGGAAACAGUCCUCUACUUGUUUCUGUUCCUUCUACAGACAGGACAAGGCUUUUCUCAGUGUUUCACUAACACAAACUGUACUGGAGGAGUGGUAGUGGCAGCAGAUCAACGAGCCUGUUGUGUGGGAACAGAUGAUGGGCUUUCUUUCAAUGAUGGCACCACCUGCAUUCUCUGUGUAGUACAUGGGUUCCACCAGAGUAAGUACGAUGUGGAAGAGGGCAGGAGACUGGACACAAUGUUUCAACUCAAUGUGAAGGCAACAACACAGUUUGGUGGUGCUCUUGUUGUCACUGGUCUCAUUACAGCUACUCCAGAUGGCACUGCAAGCACUGCAGACUUUGAAAGGCUGGAACCAAUCAGAGUAACAAACAGUGCAGAGAUUCGUCUGUUCACUGCCAAUGAUGAUAUCACUCUGGAGUAUGAUGACAGAGUGCUACUGAGGUUCACUCCUGAUAAUCCUGCUCUUAUUCUUGGUUUAGAGGCUAAUGGAGAGUAUAUGAGAGACACUGCAACAGUCAAUAUCGUUGAUAAUGAUUUGUUGGAGAUUAAUUUCUUAGAAUCUGACUAUUCUAUUGUUGAGGGUUCGACAAUGCUGAGUACACCAAUUGCACUUCAGUUCAGGACA